GGCCGUGCGGGUGGUUCACUAUUCGCGAAGGACGGAGCGUCCCCGUUUCCAGAAGCGAACGUCUGAGCCGUAGGACGCGACACGGCGCUGCCCUUGGUUGAAAGGCCUCAAGGACCUCGGGCCGGGAGGCCCACCCCUCUGGACGAUGGUGUUCUCUGCCGGACUGGCCCCUUCCCAUCCCGGGGCCCCCAACACGACUUUCGUCGUCUACGAGAAUGCCUAUCCGAACUUCACGACCCCUCCGCCUUUCCUCCACCCGGGCGUGGACCCCCCCGUGAGGCACGGCUCCGAGCCCGGGGCCACCACCGAGAUGAGGACCCUGGCGAUCAACAGCACCUCCGCCCCGUCGCCGUCCGAGGCUUUUAAGAGCCUGAACCUGCCCCUCCAGAUCCUCCUCUCGGCCCUGAUGGUCUUCAUCCUGCUGGUUUCGUUCCUCGGGAACCUGGUGGUCUGCCUGAUGGUGUACCAGAAGGCGGCCAUGCGCUCCGCCAUUAACAUCCUCCUGGCCAACCUGGCUUUCGCCGACAUGCUCCUGGCUGUGCUGAACAUGCCCUUCGCCCUGGUGACGGUCCUCACGACCCGGUGGAUCUUCGGCGACGCCUUCUGCCGGGUGUCCGCCAUGUUUUUCUGGCUGUUCGUCAUGGAGGGGGUGGCCGUCCUCCUCGUCAUCAGCAUCGACCGGUUCCUCAUCAUCGUCCAGCGGCAGGACCGACUGAACCCGCACCGGGCGAAGGUCCUCAUCGCCGUCUCCUGGGCGACGUCCCUCUGCGUGGCCUUCCCGCUGGCCGUGGGCAACCCGGACCUCCAGGUGCCGCCCAGGGCCCCGCAGUGCGUCUUCGGCUACACCGCCCAACCCGGCUACCGGGCCUACGUGGUCCUGGUGGUCCUGCUGUCCUUCUUCAUCCCCUUCCUGGUGAUGCUCUAUUCCUUCCUGGCCAUCCUCAACACCGUCCGCCACAACGCGGUCCGGAUCCACAACUAUCCGGACGGCAUCUGCCUCAGCCAGGCCGGGAAGCUCGGCCUGAUGAGCCUGCAGAGGCCGUUCCAGGUGAACGUCGACAUGAGCUUCAAAACGCGGGCCUUCACCACCAUCCUGAUCCUCUUCGCCGUCUUCGUCGUCUGCUGGGCCCCCUUCAUGGCGUACAGCCUGGUGGCCACCUUCGACGCCCGCUUCUACUCCGGGCGUGACUUUUUCGAGAUCAGCGCCUGGCUCCUCUGGCUCUGCUACCUCAAGUCGGCCCUGAACCCGCUCAUCUACUACUGGAGGAUCAAAAAGUUCCACGACGCCUGCCAAGAUUUAAUGCCGAGAUACUUCAAGUUCUUUCCGCAGCUGCCGGGCCACACGCGGCGAAGGAUCCGCCCGAGUGCCGUCUACGUUUGCGGGGAGCACAGGACGGUGGUCCGGCCUGCGCUUACCGAGCCAGCCGUGGCAUCGGAUCGUGGGGGUUUUGUUUGCUGCUAAAGGUACGCUUAGUGGUCGGUCUUUUUUUCCGGAGGACAUUGCUGCUUUCUCCCGCCACGGCACUGGAGCCAAAAAAGAAAGGGCACGGUCUUCAAAAUAGCUGCCAUUUCAUUUUUAUCGAGACCAUCCACGGCGGUUUGGACGUUUCGGAGUCUUUAACGUUUACUUUGCACUUUAUGAAACUCUCCACCGACUCCCGUUAUCCUGGGGGGCUUUGGGGCAGCAAAUGGUUUGAAAGUUUCUAUACGCGGUCCCUUCCCAUAGCGUCUGAGCGGAAGCGACGGCUCUCCCUUAAACUUGGAUUUCCAUCCGCGUGCUCAGUUUCGUUAGGUUUAGCUACCGAAAGGUAUCCAAGCACAAUAGCAGACUCUCCAGGGGUGGGGUGAAGAACCCAGGGAAAAAAAAGAACUGAGGGAAAAGGGGGAAACCAAGGUCCACGCGCGAUAGGAGAAAAUAAAAAGGGAAAACGCAUUUGUACCGAGCAGCCUUGUUUGGCCAUUGCGAUUACACGUAUGUGCCUAUUGGUAAAUCACUGGAGACUGUAAAAUGGAGGAGGGUUUAAGCACAGCUCCCCUGUGAAGGAUAGACACCUUAAAAUCACAGGUACAGGAUAGAACUUUUGCUAUGACACUGAGGCCUGAAUUUCAUCAGACAGGCACUACUUUGUCAAGGGACACCAGGCGGCAACAAUCGAAAGGAGGAUUUCUUUUAUUUAGAAAAAAACCCUGCACACCAGACCCCGGUUCUCGUAGAUAACCCCACUGGGCUCCAGAACUCUGUACUGAUUUAAACAUUAGAAGCCAGUCUGGAUUCAAAGGCAACUGAAGAAAAUGAUGGUUCGGUCCACCCAAAUCCCCAAACCAUUAUUAAUUAACCAGAUCAGCCCCGCUGGUCAGUCGGACACUGGAAUAGGGACAGGCCCUUUGUCCAAUGUGAGGGGUGGGGGGGGAGUCUGCCCAAGGCUGAAGUUGGAGCAUUGAGCUAUCAUUAUCAUCAUUAUUAUUAUUUUAAGGAGAUUCAUGUGGUACCUUAGUAUCAGACGGCAUCUUUUCUCUGAAGAGCGAAAGUGUUUUUGUCUGCUUUCCCUCUCAUAUUCUCAUUACAGUUCCGCGAGGUAAGGAGGGGGCAGAUAUUAUGCCCAAGAGCUGAAAGGGAAAUGAAAGCAAACACUCUGCAGUAUUAUUUCCCUUCCUCUUCAUACUCGGUUCCCAGCCUUUGGUACCACGUUAUGAGUCGGACUCUUGGUGGUUUUCGGAAUAUCUACAAGGCGUGAUUCCAUCGCUCACCACCCAAGUUGACCCUCUCCUUGAGAAGCUCUCUUGAAAACUGGCUGGUUUGCAGAUCAUCAUGUAGAUUUAAAGGUUAUCUCUACCUGAUCAUCUACCUCUUCAGUUUAGGUUCACAUUGACCACUGAUGUCUCUCAGUUAAUGAUCAUGUCAAGGUUUCAUCUCCUUCCCCAUAAAAAGUUACAUUAUUCCUCCUUGUCAUUGCCAUUGGUGCUGAAACAUGCAUUUAAACACACACACACACACACACCUCCUCUCCCCGCGUCCCCCAAGAAAGCACACAGACUAAACCACAAAUUUGAACCCAUUGCUUUCUAUGAAAUUUGCAGACUGGAUUGAAGCAAGAGUUAAAGUAUUUGUGAAAUUAUAGAAUAAGGACAAUCUGUGAACAUAGUUGUGUGUCAUCCCACUCUGUGAAGAUUCGUACUCAGGGCAUUUUAAAGAACCUUUUUUUUUUUUUGUCAUGACCCGUCGUGUGGUUGGCACAAAAUGCUUUUUGAUUUCUUUUAAGGAGCAACUUCUAUUGCACUGCAUCCGAUCAAUGCAAAACUGAAAUUCUGCUCUCCGUGAGAAAGAGAGAGAAGGAGAAGGGAGGAAAACUUUUUCUGUUCUUUUGUUAAUCCCAAAUGGAUUUGAAAGUGGCACCUAGCAGUUAAUACCACUGGAUAAUUUCUCAAUGGAACAGCAAGGUCAUUUAAACAUGUGCAACCAUUGAAGAUUUUUCAAACUGCAGCUCUCAACUGGAUUGUCCUCAGGACACAAGGCCUUAGAGAAUUCUGGUGUGGAUUUAUUGUUCUGCAGCUGUUAGAUUUUUUAUUUUCCAGAAAAGAAAAAAAAAUCAAGUGCUUUUAAGGGAAAGAAAUGUCUACUACCAUUGUUGACUAUGUGUCUGUUUAUCGUUAUAUUGUGCUCUCCCAAGUGCUCAGUACAGCGCUCAGCACACA